AAAGAAGACGCGCCCUUUGCAUUCUUGGGAAGGGCCAUCCAGAACGAUGCUAUAAAAGAUGCACGCAUCCUCUCGAUCCGAAUUCAGUGUCGGAUUCAAAUUUGUUCAGAGAUGUGGAGUGCGUUGCUGCUAUCGUUGGGACUUUUUGCCAGUGGUUCCCGUGCUGAUUUGGGCCUAAGUUAUGCCAUUCCCAAUUUGGUUGCCAACGUGCAGGCCGCAAUUGGACAGGGCAUAGCGCCGGUGACCAACGCUAACGCUACGAUCCGGGUCGAUGUUGGUGCCGAUGUCAGUGGAGCGUUGGAGGCAGUGGUGGCCGUUUCAAACGCGAUAAACGGCAGCAUUGGCUCAGUGUUCCAAGCUACACAAAAGGCAGCUUCCGAAGCGAGUGUUCUGCCGACGGUCGUGUUCGGCAAGCUGUACGGGACGGUAAGCAAUGCCAAGUUGGAACUGGAACAAGCGUACGGCGUUGUGCAACAGUUUCAAUCGACCGUUAGUGACCAGGUGUACGAUGCUAUCGUACACAACCUCACUAAGCUGCACGAUGAUCUGAACGUGUUGACGGUGAACUACAUUGCGUUGGGUACGGCUGUCAACGUGGUGGUAGCGACCACCAUAUUGCCCAUCACCAGUUUGAACGUUGGUAACAUCGUAACGCCGGCGCUGGUCGCAGAUUUGACCACGACGCUCAAAAGCCUCUCUACAAGCGUCGCAAGUCUGGGAGGUCUGUUCACCGAGGUCGUGAAACAGAAAACCGCUGCGGUAACCUUCGUGUCCAGUACCAACUCGACGGCUAAUGCUGCCCUUACUACGCUCGUAAAACAGCUGACCAACUUCACGAGCACCGUGGUAACCGCAGGUGACAAGUUGCGUCAGGUUGCGAGCACACUGUCCAGCAACGUCGCUGCCGUGCAUGUGCCCAUCACGGGAGCAUCCGUGAACUACAACGGCGGAAAUAUCGUGAACUUGACGCAAUACCUGGACACCGUUGUGCAGUCUACGCAACAACUAUCGCAGAACCUGUCCAACAGAUAUCAAGAUCUACAGAACAACGUCCAGCAGGUGUAUGCAGAGCUGGUGGACGUUGCCACCAGAGAGGUCUACAGCGUCAGUCUGGGACUGGCCCAAAAGGCCGCUACCUCGGCAAGUAGCUUCGUGAACAAUUGCUACCAAAAGUACAACUUCCUGCUGCAGCAACCGUCACUGCAUGUGGCCCGUUUGAACACCUGCCUACUGCCGGAAGCCGAUUCUUUCACCAAACUCCAGAAAUUGCUGGACUGCCUUCUGGCCCAGUUCCAAUCGGAUGCAUCGGCGAUUACUAACACUCGAUUGAACACUUGCACCACGCUGAACGGGGCUUGUAGUUUGACGUACUUCUCGGCGUACGCUGACCUGGCCCUGCAAACCGACGCCCAACUGACCCUCACCAACAACGUGAUCGCAACGGAAGCGCGCGCCAUCACGAACCGGAUCCGCACGUGCGUCGUCGCCACCGUUGCCGACAUCAACGACAACGCCCAGCAGAUCCUGACCAACUUCAACGGAUGUCUGGUAACGGGACAGUAGGAUUAGGACGCUCGGUUUUUUUUUGGUUUAACGAGAAAGUUUAUUUUUGUUUUGCAAUAAAUUAAACACGCACUGAA